AUGUCAAGGAGGGCACGCGUCGACAUUAAUCGUUUCUUUGAUGAAUUCUUCGCAGGAAUCUUGGAUGGUCGUAUCGAGAGCAAGAUCACCAGAAAGGACAUCCGCGAACUGUUGACUUCCGUUCGUCGGGUUUUUUUGACACAGCCUAUGUUCCUUCGUCUUGACACGCCAGUUGUUGUAUGCGGUGAUCUUCACGGACAAUUCAACGAUGUUGUGCGGAUAUUCGAUGCGGAAGGUUUCCCGCAUAUGCGGAAUUACCUUUUUCUCGGUGACUACAUUGAUCGUGGCCAGCAGUCUGUGGAGCUGAUACUCUUCAUGUUUGCGUGCAAGGCAAGAAAUUUAAUCACUCUUAUAAAAUAA